AUGACCAUCGAAAAGCUGAAUGUACAAAAGCAGUUAUUGAUUUUGUUUGGGCAAUCAAUUACCAUUUUCCAUUGUAAAAAUAAUUUCCAAAUACAGAUUGCAAAGAAAUUAGAAAAAUUGGAGACAAAAGUUUCACUUACUGCAGAUAUCUGGACGUCAGUUUCGAAUCAAGCAUAUCUUGAAAUUAGAACAAAAGAAAAGUUUCUUCAAUUACUUGAUGAAAUGAAUCUAAAUGAAAAAAUAUUAGCACUUACUACUGACAAUGAUUCAAAAAUGAUUCUUUGUGAAAAACUUAUAACACAUAAAUUAGAUAUAGAAUGGAAUAAUUGCGAGUUUCAACACUAUUACUGUGCUGCUCAUGUUUUAAAUAUUGCAAUAACUCAUGGAAUGGAAUUAAGUGUAGGAAUAAUUAAUAAAGUUAGAACAUUUGUAACAAAAAUUCGAAAUUCAACAAUUCUUUGCGAUAUACUUAGAAGUUAUUGCCAAGUUAUUAAGAAAAACUAUAUCAAACCUGAGCUUGACGUUAUUACACGCUGGAAUAGUACAUAUCAAAUGCUCGAGAAAUUCAAAAUAAUGCGAAAGGAGCUUAAUUUUCUUGUUGCAAGUAAUAAAAACUUGGCAUCAUUAUAUUUUGAAGACACAGAAUGGAAUGAUAUUGAUCCAAUAAUUGAAUUAUUGGAACCAAUGUUUAAAGCAACAAAAAUAUUAUCAUUAUCCACUUAUCCAACCAUGAAAGAAGAAUGCAUGAUGGCUGAAUCUAUUCGCAAAAAACUUGCUGAUUAUUGGAAUCUUUUGAUGAUCCUACAACAAUUUUUACUAUACUGGAUCCACGCUCAAAAUUACUUACUUUUACAAAUGGAGAAGAAAGCAACAUAG